AUGCAAAAGAGUGUUUCAACUUCAUCUUUGGGUCCAGGAGGCCUGGACCUAAGCCAAGCCUUCUUCAAACCCAUUUGCGACACAGCCCCACCAUCACCCACCAAACGCCACACAAAAAUCUCCGUCAUAGGCGCCGGCAACGUCGGGAUGGCCAUAGCCCAAACCAUUCUAACCCAAGACCUCUGCGACGAAAUUGCCCUCGUCGACGCCAAGCCCGAGAAGCUCCAAGGCGAAAUGCUGGACCUCCAACACGCCGCCGCCUUCCUCCCCCGCACCAAAAUCAAAGCUUCUGUAGACUACGCCGUCACCGUAGGGUCGGACAUUUGCAUUGUCACGGCUGGUGCCCGACAAAUCCCCGGUGAGUCAAGGUUGAAUUUGAUGCAGAGGAACUUGUCUCUGUUUAAGUGUAUAAUACCGCCGUUGGUUAAGUACUCCCCGGACUCUGUGUUGUUGAUUGUUUCGAAUCCGGUGGAUGUCUUGACCUAUGUGGCGUGGAAGCUUUCUGGGUUUCCGUCGAACAGGGUUGUCGGCUCGGGUACGAAUCUGGAUUCUUCAAGGUUCAGGUUUCUCAUUGCGGAUCAUCUUGAUGUCAAUGCUCAGGAUGUGCAGGCCUACAUUGUUGGGGAGCAUGGGGACAGCUCUGUGGCGCUGUGGUCAAGCAUAAGUGUAGGAGGAGUACCACUCCUUAGCAUCCUGGAAAGGAAACAAAUUGCCUAUGAGAAGGCCACUCUGGAGAAAAUUCACAGAGAAGUUGUUGAAAGUGCAUAUGAAGUUAUAAGUCUCAAAGGUUACACAUCAUGGGCAAUAGGGUACUCGGCGGCUAGCCUCGCACGAACGAUACUUAGGGACCAGAGGCGAGUGCACCCUGUCUCGGUUCUCGCCAAGGGUUUCCAUGGGAUCCGUGGUGGGGAGGUGUUCCUGAGCUUGCCGGCACAGCUUGGUAGGAGUGGAGUCUUGGGCGUGAUCAAUGUACACCUUACGGAGGAGGAGGCUGAACGACUUAGAAGCUCAGCUGAGACCAUCCUGGAGGUGCAAAGCCAGUUGGGUAUUUGAGGGAUCGUAGACAUGCUUUUAAUCUGAAAUUUCUGCAUAUGAGAGUAUAGGUUGGACUAUUCAUGCACUUAGUUGUCUACUUUAACUUUCUUUUGCAUUUUUCUUCCCGCAGCAUGUUGUAUUUAACCUUCUACAGAUGGGAGUAUCGUGGACCGGAUGUUUUUUAUACCUUACGUUCAAUCUACUGAAUUGUGCUUUUGUCAUGGACACAAAAGCUGUAAACUUUAUCUCAUUGAUCAUUAGUCUAAAG